AUGACGUCACCAGCAGACAUCGACAACAUAACAGCUACAAAUUUGCCAUUGGUGGAUGCAAACGAAGAUGAAAUUCAAGUACCAGUGAAUCUACAAAUUGACUCUGGACGUGAACUGAAGGAAAAAAGGAACCGAAACGGACUCAUGUUGUCGGAACGGAGUGAAGCUGAAGCUGUAGUUGAAACCGAUGUUGGACAGAUAAAAAGUGGAAAUGGAAACGAACCUUCACCAGGAAUUGAAACUGAAACUGCAAGUCAUCGUCAUGAAAUCGAGAUGUACGAAAACAGUGGAAUGAGGAAUAUCAAUGGUAAUAAAUCAGUAUCGACCAAUUCUCGAGUCUCCUAUUCCAAUGUGGUGAAAAAUCAUUUUAAAUCAAGACCAACUGAUUCAGAAAGAACUAGGCCUACGCAGAACCUCAACCACGGGAACAAGCAGAAGUUAAACUCUGUAAUAAUAGGGACGAGCGGCGCUGCUGAUAACCUCAAGUCUGUGCGUCAGAAAUCAUUUUUCUUUGUUUCAAGAGUUUCACCAGAUGUGUCAUGUGACUCAGUAUUGAACUUCUUGGCUUCUAAAGGUGUUUCAGACAGUGAAUGCAUCCAAUUAAAAACUCGCCACAACUCCUAUUGCUCGUUCAAAGUGGGAGUUCCUUUAGAUGUAGCUGUUCUCGAACUGACGGCUAUUGAGAUUGUGGAUAUCUCCACCAUCCUAAUAUGUGUAUAUAGGUCUCCUGACGGAGCUUUUGAAUCUUUUGUCUACCAGCUCGAACUCUGCCUCGACUAUCUUAGCAGACUCUGUCCGAGGAAACUUGUUAUCUGUGGGGAUUUUAAUGUUCACCUAGAGCGCCAAUCUAGGGAGGAAGCUACUUUUGUCAACUUAUUGCGAAGCUACGGCCUCUAUGUAACUUCGAGACUUCCAACCCGUGGACUGGCUUGUUUGGAUGCAACAGCCACUAACAUAGACUCCUGGGACUACGAGGUAAAGGUGGUGAGUUCUGUGGUUGCCGACCAUGAUGGAGCAGUCCUCUUGAAGAUCAAGGCUGAUGAGGUAAGGUCAAAUACUUCCUAUGCAGAUAAGAACGUAGCCACUAAGAGAUUUAUUGAUAAGGAUAACCUGCCUUUGCUCAUAGACGAAUUAAAUAUCGUGGACUGGAACUGUUUAGGCCUACAACUCACUACAGAGCCUGAUACUGCAUUCAGGUUAUUUCUCGACUUGAUCCAGGAUAAGUUUGAUGUAGUGUAUCCGGUGAAAAUCUAUAAACUUGGUAGUAAAAAGACUAAAUGUACAGCCAUUGACAAAUCCUGGUACUCCUCUGACCUUAGGAAAUUGCGUUCCUUAGUGAUCUUAGUGCACGAUCAUUACAAACUUGCUGUUGACCUAAAUCAAAAAGUUAAAUUCUUUGCUCUAUAUUCUAAACUAAAGAAAGACUACAGUGCUAAAGUUAAGGAAGCAAAGAAAGUCAGCAAUGUAAACAAAAUAUUGAAGGCGUCCAAUACUUGUAAGGCUGCGUGGGAUGUCGUAAAUGAGCACAGGAGGUCCAGCCCUAGCCCUAAGAUAACUGCGUCCCCUGAUGUUUUUAAUGACUAUUUUGUCAGGAUAGCUGAUGAUAUCAUCAACAACCUCUCCUUGUUACAGCAUGAAGAUCCGGUUGCUGCAGUCACUGAUUAUGCCACUAAUCACACACUAACAAGUUGGACUGAGGUGAGUGAACGUUACAUUAUAAGUUUAGUGAAGGGCUUCAAAAACUCUGACAGCCAAGAUGUAAAUGGUAUCUCCUGUUCUAUACUUAAAGGUAUUAUACAUCUGAUAUGUACACCGCUAACUAAGCUAGUUAACUUGUGCUUACUAAAAGGGUCCUUUCCAGAUGUCCUAAAAGUUGCUAGGACCAUUCCAAUCUUUAAAAAGGGAGAUCCCUCAGAUCCGUCUAACUACCGCCCCAUAUCUAUCUUGCCGGUGUUCUCUAAGGUACUUGAGACUGUGAUGAAGAGGCAGCUAGUUAAAUAUUUUGAAGAUAACAACUUGCUUUCGGAUGCCCAGCACGGAUUCCGAAGUGGGCGCUCAACUACUACAGCCCUAAUGAAUCUGACUGACCUCAUCUCAGAUGCCUUUGAGUGCAAUGACUCAGUCAUGCUGAGGUUAUGCGAUCUGAGUAAGGCAUUCGAUGUUGUUUCCCACAACAUCCUUUUAGGGAAACUGAAAAAAUAUGGUAUUGGUGGUACAGUGUUGUGCUCUUUGCAGAAGUAUUUAGAAAAUCGUAGGCAAUUUGUAUCAGUGAACGGAGUGUCCUCAAAUGUCCAGGUUGUUCCCCAUGGCGUUCCUCAAGGUUCGGUGUUAGGCCCUCUACUGUUUAGCAUCAUGAUUAACGACCUUUGGCUAAACGGCUGCACCCUCCUCUUUGCAGACGACACCACUCUGGUGACUAGAGGGAAAGACAUUAACCUGUUGAGGGAUACAGCGGACGAGUUGUUUGUUGAGGCUAAGUCCUGGUUUGUUGCUAAUCGCUUCAAAAUAAAUUAUGAGAAGACUCAAUCUCUGAUGUGCACCCUCAAGUCGAGGACUGAUCAUGAGGAAGCUGUGAAGUUCCUUGGGUUUUGGCUGGACUCUAGGCUAAACUGGUCUAACCACAUUGAUAAGGUAUGCGUUAGGUUAUCCAGAGUUCUCUAUCUGCUAAGGAAACUCCGAGAUGAAAUCACUAAGACCUAUCUGGUAACCAUAUACCAUGCCUUAUUUCAUAGCCAUUUGAUGUACGGAAUAGUGCUCUGGGGACACUCCCCUGCAUGCCAUGAGAUACUUCUGCUACAAAAAAAAGCUGUGAGGGUGAUAACAUCUAAAGGCCCAAGAGAACAUUGCCGACCCAUCUUCAAAGAAUUGGGAAUCCUCACAGUGGUGAGCCAGUACGUACUUAAUAUUCUGGUCUUGCUAAAGGAAAACCUAAGUGAUUUUGUGACCCGAGGUGAUAGGCAUGAGUAUGGAAUAAGAAGGGCCCAUGACCUGGAUAUGCCUCGCUGCCGCUUGAGCCAUACCUUAAGGCGAUACCCCCGAUCGGCUAUCAAAAUCUACAACUCCCUUCCAAACCACCUAAGGAACCUUGACGGUACAGCGUUUAAGUCCGAGCUGAAGAACUUGCUCACAAAUAGGCCCCUGUAUAGUCUUGACGAGUUGUAA